UGCAGAUAAACCCUUCCCUCUCUUUUUCCCCUCCACCCUUUUCAUCCCACCCAUGGAAUUUGAAUCCAAACUCGAACAAACACUCACCGGAAUCUUGAAAUCCGCCGACUUAGAAACAGCCACAGAGCUUUCAGUCCGAAAAGAAGCCGAGAACCUCCUCGGAAUCGAGCUUUCCGAUCUCGAUAGCAAGCGGCUCGUUCGACAAACCGUGGAGUCGUUUUUACUGUCAAAUUUUCCGGCAGAUGAAGUUAUAGAGGAAAGAGACGAUGUGGGAGAACUGCAGAAGGAUAAGUCUCCGGUUUUUAACGGCACGAAUGGCUCCGAAGAUGCCGGUGGACGUAUUAUUUGUAGACUACCAGGUAUGAGGAGAGUGUCAGUUAAGAAAUUCAAAGGAACAAAAUUGGUUUCAAUUAGAGAGUACUAUCAAAAACAGGGAACGGUAUUUCCUUCUGGUAGAGGAGUUACAUUAAACCCUAAAGAAUGGGCAGCAUUUCGUUCAAGUUUCUCUGAUAUAGAAGAAGCCAUCACAAAGAUGGAGUUAAGGAUGAGAGGGGGAGAGUCUAUUGAAAGGAAUCAAACUGAAGCAGAAGCUUCAAAUCCUCCUAGUAUCUUAGCUUCUGAAGAAGACAGAGGUCACGCAUAUGUUUUUCCACCUCAACCACUUGUUCCAAUCUCAACCACUCGUUUUACUGGGAAGAAUUACUACUGCUGGAAACGCCAGAUGGAAUUCUUUCUAAGUCAAUUGCAAGUCUUUUACGUUCUUAAUUAUUCGUGCCCAAAUAUUCCUGCUUCACCAGAAGCAUCUUUCCAAGAGAUUAGUCAAGCCAAAUCCCAAGCACAGAAAUGGAUCAAUGAUGAGUAUAUCUGUCGUCACAGUAUCUUGAACUCCCUAUCCGACCAACUAUUUGAUCUAUACUCCAUCAAGACUCUGAAUGCCAGAGAAUUGUGGGACGAGCUUACGUCAUCGUAUGCUGAUGAUUUUGGAACGAGAAUAUCUCAUGUCAAUAACUACAUUCAGUUUCAAAUGGUUGAUGGGGUUUCGGUUCUUGAACAAGUUCAAGAGCUUCACAGGAUUGCAGGUACCAUUACUACCUCUGGGAUACACAUUGAUGAGAAUUUUCAUGUCAGUGCCAUUAUUUCAAAACUUCCUCCUUCUUGGAAGCAAGUUCGGGUCAAAUUGAUGCAAGAAGAGCAUCUACCGCUUGAUAAGUUAAUAUACUUGUUAAAGGAUGAAGAAGAUUGUAGAAAUCAACAGAAAAGAACAUUCAAGAAGAAAGAUAUGAGGGGCGUUUGCUUUGGAUGUCACCAAGAGGGACACAUACGUCGGGAUUGUCCUUUGACCAGAUCCCAUCCAAGAGAUCAAAGAGAGGGCUGAUCUCAAUAUAAGUCGACAUUGUCGGUUUUCAGCAAAGUGAACAGAGUGUCUGAUCGAACUUGCAACCUCCAAGUCAUGAUGACCAGACCUCGAGGGCAGGCUAGAUAUUUUUGUUGGAUCAAGUGAUAGACAGGCCUGACUUUCAAGUAUCUUAAAUUCUUCUCGUUUUGGAGUUUAGGACCAUGAUUGUUAUAUGAUGAAAGCUCAAUGACUGCUUAAAGCGGGGACUCGGUCUUCCCCGGGGAUGAAGUGGUAAGUUAGUCUCUAAACUUAAAUAUUUAUACUCGUAAAAUGUUUUAAUUUACUUUGAUAUAGUGUUGCACAUGGUGUUAUAUUCGCACAUAUUAUUAUCGUGUAUAUUGACUAUAAUGGAGAUCAAAUGACAUUACAACACGUACAAAAUA